AUGUGUAUCGGAACAUCCGAAAAUCCUGGAAAGCCUGCAAAAACGCAACUUGAAGUUAUCCGCCGUGGAUACUUUUAUCCUACUUCAUCUCUGUCCGUUCCUUCAGAAUCACAAAUUAAAGUAACAUUAAUAAAUCUAUACCCAAUAACAGGUCGAAGACAUCAACUGCGAUUACAUUGUCAAUAUUUAGGCCACCCCAUUGUUGGUGAUUGGCAUUAUGAAUCGCAAAUCAUGGAAUAUACUGAUACUUUUCGUAUGAUGUUACAUGCUCUCAAAUUGCGUAUUCCCCUAAAUAUUGUUCAAAAUACAAAAAUGAAGCAUAUGAAAAAUAUGGAUACGAACGUUAAGGAUGAUGAUAAUUUGGAAGAUUUGCAUGAACUUGAUGUUGUAUCCGAAGAUCCAUUUCCGGAAUUAGUUUACGAGUGUGCAAAGGACGAAACAUGA